AUGACCAACAAGGCUGUUCCACAGCAAGGGCCUCGGGCGCCACAAGGUCCCGCCGCCUCAGGGGGACGGCGAGGGGGCGGGGUCAGGAAGAGGGGCCGUUUCGAGGCGCCGGGCUUGUGCGGCAGCAGACGUGAGGGGACGGAGCAGGGCGGCUCUAGAUACAUCUCCCGAGCGCGGGAGGCGCCCGCCUGCGGCCCGCGGUGGCAGCGGCGCCUCCUCGGCGCGUUUGUCUCUCACACGCCCCCAGGCCCUGUCUCCGGAGCUCUUCUCCCUUUGACCCGUUUGGCACGUUUGGCCCUGGUGAAGUUCCUUCGCAGUGCAGGCCAGUCAGCAAGUGUUAGCGCUGACGUGUCCGGAGUGCGAACAGCCAGGGUUGAACCGAUUUUGCGAAGGGUUUUUUUUUGUCCGAAGGAAGCUUUUAUUUUCGGAAGCUUUUAUUUUCGGUGGAGAAACGUGAAACUUGACAGCGGGCCCGGAACGGAGCGUCUGGUUCCUGCCGCAACUGAGAGCUGGGAAUUGUACAACCUGUCAUGUUCUCCUGAUGAGGUUCAGGCUUCUCUCUCUCUACAACUGAUCACCAGCAGAAAGAUGCUGCUGGUUCCUUUAGAGACACAAAUGAAAGUAAACCUUGAACAAAAGGUGCAAGAAACUUCAGAUUUCCUCCUUGCUCCAUGGGUACCAGUUGUAGGCCUGGAAAUUCACGCACAGAUCAGCUCCAACUCAAAACUUUUUUCUGGUUCCCAAGUCCAGUUUGCAGCACCUCCUAACUCUUUGGUAUCUUUCUUUGAUGCUUCUUUACCAGGAACUUUACCAGUUCUCAACAGGAGAUGUGUAGAAGCUGCAGUGAUGACAGGCCUGGCACUUAACUGCAGCAUAAACAAGAAAUCUUUGUUUGACAGAAAACACUACUUCUAUGCAGAUCUGCCUGCUGGCUAUCAAAUCACUCAGCAAAGAGUUCCUGUUGCGGUCAAUGGAAGUCUGUCAUACAGUCUCUGCAUAGACAACAAAAUGAGCCAGAUGGUGACCAAAACUGUGAGGAUUAAACAAAUUCAAUUGGAGCAAGACAGUGGAAAGAGUCUCCAUGAUGACACAAGGAGCCAGACUCUUGUUGACUUGAACAGGGCUGGAGUUGGCCUCAUGGAAGUUGUCAUGGAGCCUGAUAUGUGCUGUGGGGAAGAAGCAGCUGCAGCAGUCAGAGAGCUUCAGCUCAUUCUUCAAACACUUGGGAGCAGCCAGGCUGUCAUGGCAGAGGGUCAGCUGAGAGUGGAUGCAAAUGUUUCUGUUCAUCACCCUGGAGAGCCUUAUGGAGUGAGGACUGAAGUGAAGAAUAUCAAUAGCAUACGAUUCCUGGCGAAAGCAAUAGACUAUGAAAUACAGAGGCAAAUUAAAGAACUUGAAAAUGGAGGAACAAUUCUGAAUGAAACAAGAGCCUUUGAUUCCAAGCUUGGGUGCACUGUAUCAAUGAGAGACAAAGAAGGGAAACAGGAUUAUCGUUUCAUGCCAGAGCCAAACCUUCCUCCAUUGAUUCUGUAUGAUGCAAAAUCUUUGCCGGCUAAUAUGAACCAUCAGCAAGUGAUAAAUAUUGAUUGGAUUCAUGAGAGACUUCCUGACCUCCCCAGUGUGAAGAGAGCAAAGCUUGUUGAACAGUAUGGGAUUCUUCCUGAACACAGCUUCACCUUAGUGAAUGAAGAUGGAUUAACAGAAUUUUUUGAAAAUGUAGUAAACCAGACCCAGAUGAAGCCGAAGAAAGUGAUUGGCUGGAUUCUAAAAGACCUGCUCGGUUAUUUGAAACAACACUCCCUUACAGUAAAGGAAAGCCCAGUCAGUUCUUUUCUCCUGGCUGACCUUCUGAACCUUCUAGAAAAGAAAGAAAUUUCUUCUACAGCAGCAAAGCAGGUGCUUGCAGAAUUGUGGAAGGGCGAAGGGAAGACUCCUCUUGAAAUUGUUAAAGAAAAGAAACUUGAACUGAUACAGGAUCAAAAAGAGCUUGAACAAAUCUGCCAGGCUGUGAUUGAUGGACAAGAAAAUGAGGUUAUGGCAAUAAAAGCAGGAAAUCGAAAAGUUCUAAAUAAGUUAAUUGGCCUGGUACAAAGAGAAACACAAGGACGAUCCAAUCCUGUUCUGGUGAAGCAAUUAUUAGAGAAGAAGCUGUCAUUGUAG